AUGACAUUCGCUGUGGCUCGAACGCGACUGCGCGUGACCACAACAUCGAGCCUACGGGAGCGGGCCAAGAUUUCAUAUUCAACCAAGACCUCUGGCUCAGGCUUAGGCUCAUUCUCGAAUUUAAUGAGAUACAUGAAGAUUGCCGGUGUGGCCGGUGUGGUCGGUACACCAGCCUUUUGGUGGUUGGCAACUACGCGCGACAAUUCCACCCGCGACGAUGCCCCGCAUCUUGAGAGCCCUCCAGCUGAGCACUGGAGCAUUGAGCCAGGUCCUUCCAAAGACCAAGUGACGCGUAUGAUAUCACAAGGCGCCUAUUCAUAUGCGGUCAGAAACGUCUUCGGCAUCAGCAGAUAUGACGGCGCUCAAGUAUCUUCCAACAGCCCAUGCGAGGACCGGUUCGUCCAUGGAAAAAUUUCUUCGCCAUGGAGCGAAGGCCAAUGGAUGGCCUGGGCCGUCUUUGAUGGUCAUGCAGGCUCGGAAACAGCAGAAUUGCUAACAAAGCACCUCCUGCCUUUCGUCCGACACAGCUUGGAUCAAAUAAAGCCAAUCUCGACUGACAUGUCCGUACCAGGGGAGGGGUCGGUGCAGCGCGCUAUUAUGCAGGGGUUUAAUAAACUCGACGAUUCCAUUGUCAAGACAGCUCUAGACACGGCUCAAAGCGAACAGUCGUUGCAACAGAAAGUAAAAAAACUGGCGCCUGCUUUUUCCGGCUCGUGCGCUUUGCUCUCGUUGUACGACUCUACCACGAGCACGUUGCAUGUGGCGUGUACCGGCGAUUCGAGGGCGGUUUUGGGGCAACAAAGGCCAGACGGCAGCUGGGACGCAAUACCAUUGUCAGUAGACCAGACUGGCAGAAACAAAGAAGAGAUUGCGAGGCUUUACAAAGAGCACCCCGAUGAAAAAGACAUAGUCAAAAAUGGACGGGUGCUGGGGUUAGCGGUCUCACGAGCCUUCGGUGAUUGCCAGUGGAAAUGGCCUAUUGAAUUCCAGGAAGAUAUGCAGCGGAGAUUCUACGGUCCAUCGCCGCUGGUGCCAAGAUACCCCGUUCUGACGCCGCCCUAUCUAACGGCUGAACCGGUCGUGACAAGCACUAGAAUCGAUCCUGGGAAUCCUUCUUUCCUGAUUAUGGCAACAGACGGCUUGUGGGAUAUGCUCUCCAAUCAGCAGGCCGUCGAUUUAGUGGGAAAAUGGUUGGAAUCGGAAGCAGCCGGGAAGAGGGACAACAACCCGGAGCCAAUAUAUACAGCAUUUGACUUUGGUGAUUUCUGGAAGGGAAUAAAUUGGAAGUUCAUAACGGGGAGAACAACAGUCGAAGAUGACAAUGUCGCUGUGCAUCUCGUGCGCAAUUCCUUGGGUGGAAAUCAUCAUGAGUUGAUAGCAGGCCGGCUUGCCUUCGGCUUUCCAUCUUCCCGGCGUCUACGAGACGAUACCACUGUGCAGGUGGCUUUCUUUAAUGUCCCUGAUCUGAAAAAUAAACAAUAG